CGCCCCUCAUCGAGGAAAGUACAUGAGGGCACGAGUGGAAGCGACUUCUUGAAGGUGGAGCGGUUCCUCGAAAGACCGCGCCGACCCUUUUCCGUCUCCCUACCAACGACAUCGUAGCCCAUUCUCCGCCUCGAUGGAUUCAAGGGGAGAGGAGGCCGGCGUGAAUCCGGCUGUCGGGAGACGCCCGGACAUCCACGAACUCUUCUGCCAUUACAACUCCCUCGGCUCCUGUGCACUCUCCUGGGGCUCCUCCUCCCCUUACCCCAGCUAUGCUGCCGACUGUCAAUAUUAUGAUGGUGGUGGUUGUGAGAUACACCUGUCUGAGCUGUUGUUGAAGACCCACACUGCUUCUGAUCUUAAAAACGUUUUACUAGAUGAGAUGAUUCAUGCUUUCCUCUGGAUUGAGUAUACCAACAAGGAUCACAGUGACCAUGGUCCAAGUUUCCAGGAUAUGAUGAAUUCAAUAAACACCAACUCAGGUAUAGCUCCUCAGAGACUGACAUGGCGAUACAACAUCACGAUCGAUCAUGAGUUUCAGAAGGACCAUAAUGAUGACAGAGUUCGCCAGUGGAUUUGUGAACUGUGUGGUAAGGUAAUCUUGUCAACCACAAAUAGAGGACGUUCAGAGGAUGCAUUGAAAAUGUGGGGCCUGAUGGAUUUUGUGACAACCCAUUAUGUCACUGGCAUAGGUUUCUGCCAUAACAAGCAGUGCAGUGGUAGAAAAGUAACCCAGAAAAGCAGUGCACUGUGGCAGCAGGAGGUCGGAAAUGAACAAAAAAGCAUGCUUCCGAGAAGCAUGUUUCUACUCACUCAAAGAAUAAAGGUGGCAAGAUGUGACAACAAAUGCACAGUUGUAAUUGAAUGGUUGAGCUUAUUCGAAGAAGAUGAGGAAGCUGAAGAUGACUCAAAACUUCUGGUAAAUAAAAGGUCAGAGAGGAGGAAAAAGCCAAAACUUCUGACUGGUAUUAUUAUGGAUCAACAUGCACAAACUGAGGCUUUCUAUCAUGCCACCACCUCUCAGAUGGGUUGUAGCAGAGAUGAUAGAGAGAAACAUGCUAUAGAUGAGCAAGAGAGACAUCUAGUUUCGAUCAAUGAUCAUCAAACAGGGAACCUUGUAAUACAUACUAAAGACUCGCAUACCAUCAAAGCUGCAUCUAGAGAUGAUCGGUUGCCUUCCCAACCGGCUGAUGAUGAUAACAUGAACCCAGAACGUACUGCAACUGGGUGUAUGGAUGUUAAGAUGUGUCAGACUUGUGUGAAUGUGUUCUUCCUUCAAAACGGCAGGUUAUUGUGGAUACCUCGGAUAAUGGAAAGGCUCUUCUUUCUUAAUUCACUAUCCUGGUACAUGCUUUACCACAAAGAGGAUGAAGGGGCAUUUUUUGAUUGGCCAAUCUAAUUAUCAAGGCAGCCAAUCUUGGGCAAACCUUUUCCCUAGGUUUUUGUCAUAUACAUGUAUUUCCUUAGUAUUCUGGGAGUUCCUGAUGGCGCAAAUUGGAAUUUGUGGUAUGUCCUUCGUCCCUCCCUUCUCAUAUCUCAACUUUUAUUCUCAGGAUGAUUAACUAGUUAGAUCAGUGUCAACUGUGUGAGAUUAUCUCCUUCCAUCUGUAGGUCUUAGAACUAUAGGUAAUUUGCUUGUCAUAAUGUGCUUUGAACAUUUGAACAAAGCAUCCCUUGCAGCAUUCUUACGCCAAAACCACACAAAUGUUUUCCUUGUUCAAUGUGCUUUGACUCGUUCCAUUAUUGUACCAAGUUCUGCUGCAAAAUUC